AUGAAAGUUAAGCUAGAAAAUUUUGAUUCGAAAAUUCAUCAAUGGAAGUCUGUUGCGAAGGAACCGCUUCCGCUUAAAGCACACCAAUUCGACCCAGAAAAAUGCACACUUUCGGUUCUUGACCAACGACUACUUCCCAGCAGGAGCGUUUACGUGCCCAUAAGAUCGCUUAAUGAUGGAUUCGACGCAAUCAAACAAAUGAAGGUCCGAGGUGCACCGCUGAUUGCCACUGUUGGAAUGGUACAUUUAUUCAUUAAUCUGACAAGUAAUAAUUUAUUUCAGCUGACUUUGUUAGUGGAGCAGUCUAGAAAAAAUGUUAUAGGGGAUGUAGAAGGUUGUUUGAAGGAGUUGGAACAAAAUUGCAGUUUUCUUCUGAGUGCUCGUCCUACCGCAAUAAAUCUCUCAAAUGGAUUUUCCGAACUUCGAGAAUAUGCAAAAGGAUUGAAGGGAGCAGGAGUAAUAAAAUUGAAAAUUGGGAUUAGAAAUUUCAUCCUUGAAUGGCAAGCAAGAGAACGGAUGGAAAAUGAUUUAUUGCUAAGAAAUUCAAUUCAUGCUGUUUUAUCAGCAACAAGGAACCUAGAAAUCGACAAUGGCGAAAAGAAACGCCUUGUAGCGAUAACUAUUUGUAAUACCGGACAGCUGGCCACUAGCUCUUUUGGAACUGCACUUGGUGUAGUUCUGAUGCUACAUCGAUUAGGCCAUUUGAAGUUGGCGUUGGUGCUCGAAACACGUCCUUACAACCAAGGAUCUCGACUAACCUCAUAUGAGCUUAAAAAAGGUGGUGUGCCAUUCCUACUAAUUGCUGACAGCGCGGCAGCUGCUGCAAUCCGGCAUUUUAAAGUGAAUGUUGCGCUAGCUGGUUUAUUUUUCUUAAUAUUCAUUUAUGAUAGUAUUUCAGGGGCAGAUCAAGUAGCGUUGAAUGGGGAUACUGCGAACAAAAUUGGCACCUAUUCUCUUGCUAUUUGUGCACACCAGCAUAAAAUUCCUUUUUUUAUCGUUACACCUGUGGCUUCAGUAAACGCCAAGCUUGAAAGUGGAGAUGGAAUUCAUAUUGAAGAAAGGCCUAGCAAAGAGCUCACUCAUUGGGCUGGAGUAGCUCAUUGUCCAACAAAUUGUCCGGUGUGGAACCCCGCUUUUGACAUAACCCCAGGAAAUCUGAUCUCUGGUUUUCUUACUGAUCGUGGAAAUUUCUCAUCCGAUCAACUAUUAUCUAUAUUCAGUGUAAAUGGAGAAUCGAAUGGAGAAUCAAAAGAAAAUUAA